AUGCGAAAACGUUCGUUUGCUGAGAUGUCGAAAGAAGAUCCAGACGGAUGCGUUGUGCUUUCAUCGGACAGCGACGACGAGCCGGAUCCGUAUGGUGAAUUCAUCCAACAUUACGAUCAGGAGUAUCCGGAUAUUUCGCCUUCACCUUCGCAACAAACUACCAAUGACGAUGAUGAGGACGAGAUCACGGUCCUUGAUGAGUCUUUGACCGAAGACACCAAAGAAAAGAUGAAGGUUACUACGAAGGAAAAGGCCGAAAAGUUGCUGAAAGCUGCACAAGCCAUGCGUGGUCCUGAGGCUCGCAUCAAAGACUUCGACUUUUCCUGCGAGGAAUGGAAAGACCUUACCGUCGCCGAGAAGAUGCGCAGGGCUGCAGAGAUCGAUCGCAUCGCCCUCGAAAAGAGCCGCAAAUUGGAAGCCGAAGGAAUAACCAAGCUGGCCCAGAUCGAGCGUCGCGACGAGCUUGGCAAGAUCAAUUUUGUCAACACCGGAAAAGCCGCCGAGCUCGCCAAGCAUUUUGCUGAACUCGAGCACACAAACGCUUCGGGCAAUUCGCAGCCACGCGUUUCUUCAUCCACUCAGGAGACUGAAAGCCUCGACCUCUACGAGUUUACAUUGGUAAACCAUACCAUAUUCGGCGGCUUCCGUGAGACAACUAUAAUUGAGCGUGCGAACCUGCCGCUGGAAUGGGCGAUCAAAUACGCUAUGACUCAUAUCGAUGAACCUCAGGAUGGUGUGCAGCCGCAUUUUACAAUCCACACAGCAGCUGAUCAGCAACGCAUGGAGUGUUCGAGGCUGUUAUGCCCAAAAAAGACUGCCGUCGAAAAUGGCCUGCUGCCCCAGCCUAAUGUCAAUCGGUUGUGGAUCGGUGCUACAACAAAGGCUUCGCUAUCGACCGACGACGGAAAAAUCCUCUUGCGCUUCCGCACUGCCGAGAAAAUGAUUCGCUUCCGCAUGGAUCCGCAUACAUCUUUCCAAGACGUCGCCCCGUCUGUUGCCAAAGCCUUUGGCUUAACAGCGAAAAUUCAUCAGAUGAUUUUCGACUCUUGUCUGGUCAACCUGCAAAGCACACCGUUGGAGUUCGGAAUGGAGGACAGUGAUCUCGUCGAAAUCACCUUCGGGGAUCCCACCAAGACCAUUGAAGCGCCAAGCCGCUAUCCCGUCGCCGAAGUGCAAGAAUUCGAUCAC